AACUAUCAGCAGACUAUUAUUUGAAUUCGUCGGUUAAAAGUUCGUUAUAAGUGUUGGUUUUAUAGAAGUUGAUUUAUUCAAAAAAUAUCAUAUAAAGUCUGCAAAAUGGAAAAUGUUUAUUACAGUAGUGAUGAAGAAAUUGCAUGGGGACCUUUAGUUUUGAAAGAGAUUAGAAAGGAUUUGGAAAAAGGAGUCAGAAAGAUUAAACAUAGAGAAACAGACUUGGGCACUUAUUUUCCACCUUCGUCAAGUGUUCUUGAAGACCAAACUCUAAGUGACCAAAAAAGCAUCCAUUCUGAAAAUUCUGAAUAUUUUACACCUGAACAAAGCACGAAUAAAAUUGAAACAUUCUUAGAGAAGGUUUAUAAAGUUAUUGACAGUGAAAACAGUGAUGAAUGUCUUAAUUCCAACGAUACCACAACAGAUAAUACAUCUAAAAUUGAUACACUUAAGGAUAUUUUAAGAAAUAAUGAAAAGCAGUGUAAUUUAGACGAUUAUCAUCAGACAUUGGUGGAAAACUCAGUUGUUUUGUCGCCAGAUUCAAAGUGUCUUGAACAAGUAAUUGAUUCUACAAUUGAAGAAAUCUCAGAUGAAGAAAGUUAUACAGAAAGUGAUAGUAAUGAUGUGAUUUUAAUCAGCGAUGACAGUAUUAAUGAUUCUGUAACUGGAGUACUUGCAGAAGAAUCUGUUUUAGUAAAACCUGAGGAAGAACAAAGUGUCUUAUUAAGUGAAUCAUUGGUAUCAUGGAAUUUAGACGAAAAGACUCUGGAAGCAAAAUGUGAAUCAUCAUUGGAUAAAUCGCCUGGAGAAGCGUAUUCAUCGAAUUCGGAUUACGAAGAUUCACAUCAUAAAAAAAAUUUCUUUCAUGAGACUGAAGAAAGCGUUCACUAUCAAUCAAGUGAUUAUCGUUUUGUGCCACAAAAUUCUAUACCAAGUCUGAAAAGUUCGGAGGAUAGCAAAAAUGAUUCACAUGAAUUUAACGAUACACUUGAAGAGAUGGAAAUGGCUCUGAAGCAUGGUCUUGACUAUGCUUUCCCAGGAGAUUCUUCCCAAAGUACUGAAGCCUCCACUGCUCAGAAAAUACCACAAAAACUUCUAUCAACUACAAAAAAGAAGCCUUCAAAACCUACUAAAUUUGAUUACAUCCUAAGUCCUGUUGCAAAUUACAUCAGAAAGGACAACGAUAACUUUAAAAUGCCUCUGAAACCUGUCAAGAGCAAAACAACUACUCCUUGUUCUAGAAUACCGGUAACACAACCAAAGCCGUUUACCAGCGUGAUAAGUCCCAUUGGCGUUUAUAUCAAAAAUAGUCCUUGUUCUGCAUCCAAAAGAAACGUGGCCGUGAAACCAAUAUCACAGUUAAAUAUGAAAUAUGAGAGUGUUUUAAAUAAUAAAGAAAACAACGUUGACUUACCAGACAAUGUUUAUCGGCCACCACGCAAAGUUGUCACUUGUGUCAAAAACGAUAUAAUUUUGCCAUCCAAUCUUCAGAAAUUUGUGCCAGAAUCAACAGUUACAAAGCAUGAGAAUCGACUCCGAAAAGAAACAAAUAUCGAAACAAAAAUUUUAGAAGAGGAUUUAACAUCUGUUGAUUCAAGUUUACUCAAUCAAUCGUGUGAGGAUACAUCAUUUUUGAAAGUGAAACAAGCAUAUAUUAAGUAGAUUUGUGGUUUAUUAUUGUACCGUAUUUAUUGUAAAUAUCUUUUUUUAUAAACGUUAAUUAAUAAAUUUUUUGCUAAAUUGUGAUUCAA